GUGACAACAAAUAACGUGACUUGGUUCAUUUUUAAGUCCUCCAUGCAUUUUGUUUUUAAUUACAUGUUACAGAAAUUAGAAGCAUUAAAAUGUGGAGCAUUUUAUAGAGGAUUAGAGGAUCAGCAAAUUUAUUUGUUAAAAAUUCGAUAUGUCUCUAUCUAAGUAUUCGUCCACCCAGGAAACAACGAAUAUUGCUCGACUGGCACGGCUUAUACUGGGUCCCUGUACCGACGCAUUGCGUGACAUUUUGAAAACAGUAGUUUUGCCAUCAGAUUUGUCGAAAAGAGUUAAAGAAUACACAGACAAACAAUUUAAACUAAAAAGAAAUCCACUCACUAAAUCACAAUUAGAAAUCAUUUUCCCUUCACCACAGACAACAUACAGUGGGGAUUAUUCAGAAUUUGACAUAUCUUUAUUGUAUUUGCUUCUAAGGAAUGUUAGUAAAAUACCCCCGCAUUCGGAAGGUUGGGGAGAAAUUCCCAAACCCGGCGAUAGAAGUGUUGCAGCAAACAUUGAGAGGCUUCGCCUUGUCAGAAACAAAUAUUACGGACACGCUGCAGAUUCAUCUCUUUCCGAAUCAAAUUUUGGAACGGAAUGGCGGAACAUCCGAGAUAUCGUUGUAGAACUAGGGUACCACCUUGGAACCUCGGUGAGGUACCAGGACGCCGUCAACACAAUAAUAACUUGUUCAAUGGACCCCGAACAAGAGAAAAAAUACAUCGAGUUACUUGGAGAUGUGAGAGAAUUUCAUAAAACUGUAGACAAUCUUUCAACUCAAAUCCAGACUAUCCAGAGAGAGUUGAUACUGCCCCAAGAUCCAAGAAUUGCUAAAAUGAUCGAAACAACCCGAAAAAUGAUAACGAUGCAUCAUGAAGAUAUAAGCCAUUGAUUAGUAAUAACUCAUGCAUUUGACAAAGCAAAGGAGCUGAUAAAUACUAAUGGCUUCGUGGUUCUUAAGGGAAACCCCGAAACUGGAAAAACAACGAUUGCCAAAUAUUUAUUGAAGCAACUAAUGGAGGACGGAAAACCUCCUCUUCAACUAAAUAAAUUCUCAGACUUGUAGGGAAGCAUUUCACCCGGAAAUGGUAUUGUAGUUUAUAUUGAUAAUGUGUUUGGGGAAUGGUCUUUUUUGAACAGUGAUGCUCAAGAAUUUACAUCAACAACCGAGAAAAUAAAAGC